UCGAGAAAAGUCAAGUUCGAGAUAAUAAUAAUGGCCGAUCAGUUAUAUCGCUCGACCACCCUAGGCCACGCGCUGCAGGAUACUCUCGACGAGCUCAUCCAGAGUGGUAAGAUCACGCCACAGUUGGCCACCCAGGUGCCCCAACAGUACGACGAGAGCAUCGUCAAGGGCCUCAAGCAAAGGGCGAAGGCGCAGGUAACCUUCAAGGCCAAACAGCUGCAUAGCUACAACCUCUGCGACAAGGUGUGGAACAAUAAUCCAAAUCAUUUUCCAAUGAACAAACCAUUCACCAAUUAA